GAGUUGAGCGCGCGCCAGCGGCAGUCACUCGGUCCCGGACUCAGCUGCCGCUCGGUCGACUCGUCCCCGGUGCUUCUCCGGUUCUGCUGAGCUCGUCCCCGGUCCUCCGGUUCCUCUCGUCAUGCUCCCGGUGCUUCUGUCCCUCUUGUGUGUCCCGCUUGUCUCUGGAGUUCUGGACUCACCGGACGUUCAAGUGAUCGACGUGCUGGGUCUUCAGGACUCGAGACAAAGCGCGGCCGCGGUGGACAAGCUGUCGGCCGCGCUGACCACGCUCAGCGACGUGUACGUGGUCUCCACGCUGCGGCUGCCGGCGAAGCUGGGCGGAGUCCUGCUGGGUCUCUACAGCAAACAGGACAACAGGAAGUACCUGGAGCUCGCCAUCAUGGGAAAAAUCAAUAAAGUCCUGGUGCGUUACGUCCGAGCCGAUGGGAAGCUCCACACGGUCAACCUGCAGAACGCCAACCUGGCCGACGGGCGGACGCACUCCAUCAUCCUGCGACUCGGAGGUCUUCACCGCGACAACAUGAACAUGGAGCUGUACGUCAACUGCCGAUUGGCCGAUUCCAGCCAGGGUCUACCGCCAUUGGUCCCUCUGCCCAGGGAGGCGGAGUGGGUGGAGAUAAGACACGGACAGAAGGCGUACGCCCGACUGCAGGGUGCAGUGGAGUUCCUCAGACUGGCUCUAGGAGGCAGUGUUGCUAAAGCUGGAGCUCUGACUGACUGUCCCUUCCAGGGAGACGGCUCCACCUACAACUCAGUGGUCGGGGACAUGAACUCCAUCCUGGGUGAACACACCAAGGCUCUGAUUGGUCAGCUCAUCAUCUUCAACCAGAUCCUGGGAGAGUUGAGACAGGACAUCAGAGAACAGGUGAAGGAGAUGUCUCUGAUCAGAAACACCAUCCUGGAAUGUCAGGUUUGUGGUUUCCAUGAGCCUCGCUCUCGUUGUUCUCCUAACCCGUGUUAUAAAGGCGUCUCCUGUGUGGACAGUCUUGAUUACCCAGGAUACACCUGUGGACCCUGUAAGCCAGGAAUGAGAGGCAACGGGACUCACUGUCAGGACAUGGACGAGUGCCAGCUGAAGCCAUGUUUCUCUCCUGACGCCUGCGUCAACACAAUCGGGGGGUUCAGCUGUCAGCCCUGUCCUGCUGGACUGUGGGGGGCGCCACUUGCUGGUACUGGACUGGACUACGCCAAGACACACAAACAGGAGUGUGUCGACAUUGAUGAGUGUGUCGACCUCCCUGACGCCUGCGUCUCCAACUCCGUCUGCAUCAACACUGUGGGUUCCUACAGGUGUGGCGGCUGUAGACCCGGUUUCCUUGGCAACCAGACUUCAGGUUGCUUCCCAAGGAAUUCCUGCGCUGCGUUGACCUUUGACCCCUGUGACACCCAUGCCCACUGCACCAUGGAGAGGAACGGGGAGGUUUCAUGCAGGUGUAACGUGGGGUGGGCCGGGAACGGGAACACGUGCGGCGUGGACACGGACAUUGACGGGUAUCCGGACCGCGCUCUUCCCUGCAUGGACAACAACAAACACUGUAAAAAGGACAACUGUGUGUUCACGCCCAACUCUGGUCAGGAGGACGCCGACAAUGACGGGAUCGGAGAUCAGUGUGACGAGGACGCAGACGGAGAUGGCAUCAGGAACGUGGAGGAUAACUGCCGAUUGGUUCCUAACAAAGACCAGCAGAACUCAGACAGUGACUCAUUUGGAGACGCUUGCGACAACUGUCCCAAUGUCCCCAACGGCGACCAGAAGGACACCGACAGCAACGGACAGGGAGAUGCCUGCGACCAGGACAUCGACGGAGACGGGAUUCCCAACGUUCUUGAUAACUGUCCAAAAGUGCCAAACCCAAUGCAGACGGACCGGGACAGAGACGGCGUGGGAGAUGCCUGUGACAGUUGUCCCGAGCUCAGUAACCCCAUGCAGACGGACAUCGACAACGACCUGGUCGGAGACGUUUGUGACACGAACCAGGACACGGACGGAGACGGUCUGCAGGACAGCAGAGACAACUGUCCCGACAUCCCGAACAGCUCCCAGCUGGACUCCGACAACGACGGCCUCGGAGAUGACUGCGACCACGACGACGACAACGACGGUGUCCUUGACGACCACGACAACUGCCGACUCGUCGUGAACCCGAACCAGAAAGACUCCGACGCAAACGGCGUCGGGGACGUCUGUGAGAAUGACUUUGACAACGACGCCGUGGUGGACUCGAUGGACGUGUGUCCAGAGAGCGCUGAGGUCACGCUGACAGACUUCAGGGCCUAUCAGACGGUCGUCCUGGACCCAGAGGGCGACGCCCAGAUCGACCCCAACUGGGUCGUUCUGAAUCAGGGGAUGGAGAUCGUCCAGACGAUGAACAGUGACCCCGGUCUCGCUGUGGGAUACACAGCCUUCAAUGGCGUCGACUUCGAGGGAACAUUUCACGUCAACACGGUGACAGACGACGACUACGCCGGCUUCAUCUUUGGUUACCAGGACUCUUCAAGUUUCUAUGUGGUGAUGUGGAAGCAGACGGAGCAGGCGUACUGGCAGCCGGUCCCCUUCCGAGCCAUGGCCACGCCCGCUCUGCAGCUCAAGGCGGUAAAGUCUGGAACUGGCCCCGGUGAGUUUCUGAGGAACGCUCUGUGGCACACCGGAGACACGGCUGGAGAGGUGAAGCUGCUCUGGAAGGACCCGAGAAACAUCGGCUGGAAGGACCAGACGUCGUACCGCUGGCAGCUGAGCCACCGGCCGCAGGUCGGAUACAUGAGGGUGAAGCUGUUCGAAGGGACGUCGAUGGUGGCGGACUCCGGCGUCGUGAUCGACACCACGAUGAGAGGAGGCCGCCUCGGCGUCUUCUGCUUCUCCCAAGAAAACAUCAUCUGGUCCAACCUGCGCUACAGAUGCAACGACACGGUGCCUGAAGACUUCAAGUCUCAUCGUAAACAAGUUCUGAUGCACAUUCAUGUCUGAGAGUAGCAGACGAACUGAAACACACACAAAUACACAAACAAACACAAACACAUACCCUGAGCUUCUCUGAAUCCACUUACCUGUAGUUUGAGUCUGUGUGUGUGUGAGUGGCGUCAUGUAAAAAUAUACGUCUGUUUCAAUUGAUGUGAACGUUGCUUUCUUCUUUGUGUGCUAUGGUCAACGUCCCUACACUGCCCCCCAUGGUUUCCAUAGGCACAGGCCCGUGCUCAGAGAGCCCCCUAGUGGUGCUCCAGAAAAGUGCCCCUUCCGCUGGAGCCCAUUUUUAAUCUUCAUUCAUCAAUAUUUAAGAAUAACAAUGACUCUCUCUGUCAUCAAUUCCCCCAGAGUGUGUUUUGAUAACUGACGGGCGUUUAUUUGAGUUCUUGUGAGAAUUUCGCCCCGACAUGCUUCGCGGCGCCACCCCCCCCCCCCCCCCUCCUCCUCCUCAUGCAGCUGAGCGCCAAACGGCUGCAGCCACUUCUUCUCCGACCUGCAGCAUCAGACAAACAGGUCAUGACGGUGACUGGUGAUGAAUUAACCAAAACAUUAGCGCCGCUGAAAACAUUCUGCACAACUGGUCCGACAUUUAUAAAUAAAAAAUAAACAAACAACAAACUCACGAAAUCCGUGAUUUCAAAGCCUCGUCCAGCUGUUUACUGACAUCUGUCCUGUUUAAUGAAGAGAGAGACAGAGAGACAGACAGAGAGACACACAGACAGAGAGACAGACACACAGACAGACAGAGAGACAGACAGAGACUGACAGACACACAGACAGACAGAGAGACAGACAGAGACUGACAGAGAGAGAGACACACAGACAGACAGACAGAGACACAGACAGACAGAGAGACAGACAGAGACUGACAGACACACAGACAGACAGAGACUGACAGACACACAGACAGACAGAGAGACAGACAGAGAGAGAGACACACAGACAGAGAGAGAGAGAGACACACAGACAGACAGAGACUGACAGACACACAGACAGACAGAGAGACAGACAGAGACUGACAGAGAGAGAGACACACAGACAGACAGAGAGACACACAGACAGACAGACAGAGAGACAGGCAGGCAAAAAAUGUAAAGGCAGUUUUACUGUUCUACAAAUUAGACAAGUUCACUAGUUUUGUUUCAUUUAAAAUUGUUAUAUUUGAAAUGGAAGGCAGGUCUUAAGUUGAGCUACAUGACAGUCUGGUGAUAUAUAUUGUGUUAUAUUAUUUGUGUAAUGCUGCUUAUGCUUCAACUCUGUCAGUUGGCCUUGUUUUGUCUAUUUUUACCUGUUAUUCAUUUAUUUAUUCAAUUUGAUAAUUU